CUGCACGUCUGUACUGUUCUCAGCUUUUGAUUGUUUUGUGUAUAUUUACAUAUAUGUUGUUUUGGGGCUGUUGGUCUGAUGGUCAGUGAACUGCAUAAUGGGUUUGUUAUCAGUUACCAUGAAAGUAAGGUAGUAGCUCUAGUCAGCAGGUUUACUUUUCUUCUUUCGUUGUGUUACUGAUAGAUAUCCCCUUUAUUUUCCCUGUCAGCCACCUCAGAGUGGAUUCAGUUUUUUAAGGAUGCAGGGAUCCCAGCUGGACUCGCAGUCACUUAUGCAGUUUCCUUUGUGGACCACAGAAUUCAAAAGAACAUGCUGAUGGACCUCAGUAAAGACAUCAUGAUGGACCUCGGCAUUACGGUUAUUGGUGACAUCAUUGCCAUUCUGAAACAUGCCAAGCAGGUCCACAGGCAGGACAUGUGCAAAAUGGCAACUGAGGCCAUCUCCUCAGGACAGACCAGUGUUCAAGCUGAGCUUAGAAGGACCGCCAAAACCCCUGCUACUCGUAUGAUUGCCAAUGCCUUGAGCCACGACUCCCCUCCAGUCACUCCAGCUCGCCGACCAGACAACCGUCUGUCCGUUACAGUGUCCAACACACAAGCAAACAAGAACCACAAAGCAGUUGUGAGUCAGCCGGCUGAUGAGGGGAACAGUCUGCCAGCAGUGAAGCGCCGACGUGUGACUGCCGAGAUGGAAGGCAAGUACAUCAUCAACAUGCCAAAGGGCACCACGCCUCGCACACGCCGAAUCCUAGCCCAGCAGCCCACCAAGAAAGGCUUGAAGCGGACUUCUGUGUUUGAACGGCUUGGAGCCGAGUCGAUGGCAGACACAACCAUGGGUGACAGCAAGCCCACCGGUGUGUUCAGUCGGCUGGAUGGAGGAGGCGAAGGAGAGGAGGCCCCGCAGCCGGGAAGUCUGACGGCAAACCGGGACCAGGGCGACGACAGCGACGGCGAAGGCUCCGUCCUCCAGUACGCAGGCGUCCUGAAGAGACCCCCUCCCGCCCCGAAGAAGGCGCAGGCGAAAAAAGCCGCCCCCACCACCCUGCGACGCCUGGGAGCCAAAUUUAAACGGCCCCCCUCCGAGGCUCCCACGUCCUCCUCUACCUCAUCGCAAAACGGCGUCCCGCCCGCCAAGAUCAGCAUCCUGAAGAGACUGGGAAAGCUCCCCGCCACAAACGCCGCCGCGCCUCUGGCAGCCGCAGACACGCAGGACAACAGAGUGACCAGCACCAGACCCAAAGUCCAGCAGAGAGCCACCAUAGCCAGCUCCAACGUGAGCAGCAGCACCGGGGCCGGCGGAGGUGGGGGAGCCGGGGGAGCAGAGUCAGGGGGCGCCAAGAUGGACGUCCAGGCUGUCAGUGUUUUUAAGAGACUGGGCAGUAAGAAAACCUAGCGCACUUCGCAGAAAUGAUACUCUUUCUAUGUGUUAUUUAUAGAGUUUGUAUCAGCACCUUUUUGCAUUCAUCUGCAAAUUGUUUACUUGAGUUUUUGUUUGGUUUCGUCUGGGGGGGGUAUAGACAUUUUAAAAUGCAGCUCUAAGCUGGUUAUCAUUAUUGUCAUAUCUGUUUCGAACACUGAAGUCAUGCUGCCGUGGAAAAGUCACUUUUGUGUUAUGUCGGAGCUUUUUAUUCUGAAGGCGCGGUAUUUUAUGUUGCUCUGUCAUCAGGCUAUUUGUAGUGUCACUCUCACUUCUGCCAUCGGUCGUAUUUUGGACGCAUCUCUUUUAUUGCGUUCGUGCACAGGAGGAAUGAGCAUGACCACAAACAAUCUACCACAAUGGUAGUCUCAUUUUUUCUCCAGUGAUUUAGGUCUUAGGGGUUUGCUGCCCACUCACCUUUCCUCAAAUCUCCCCAGCUUGUUGCUCCUCCUAUUGAAAUGUUGCCAUAAUUAUGUAGAUUUUUGCCUGAAUGCUUCAUAUGUUUCCAACGUUUUGAGCAAAUCGUAAAAUGUAGACGUUGAGUACGUGAGGCUGGGUGUACACAGGAGAGACAGGGAUGGUUUUUAUCACUGUACUUUUAACUUUGACCUGAAAAUGACUCCCGCAUCAUGUUUUAAAAAUACGAAAUGUGCAAAUGUGUGCAAACGAACAGAUUCACAGGUUUGACCUUUGAGUGGCGACCAUAAAAGAAAGCAAAUGGUGACACAGAGUUACCUCACCGAGUAUUUAAACCAAGGAAAAUCAACUCACCUCUUCCUCUGCUUGCUGAGUAGAUGUUCACUCCCAUGUCAGUUUUUCUACUGUAAGACAGAACGUUUUCUUAUGACUUCCUACUUGAAAACCAGAUCAGUGGAGUAUUGCUUAUUUUCCAAUGCAAUGUACAGAUUUGAUAUUCUGGAUUUAAUUCAGAACAGAAUCCGUUCUGUUGCUUAUUUUUCUAUGGGAAUGUUCUGUUUAUCCUGAAUCCAACUGAAGAACCUCACUGGGGCCAUCGGGCCUUUCGUGGGGCCGCUGAACUUUAUCUCCAGUAUGGAAAUCUCCCGAACCACGUAUGAACCUUUCACACUGUAAAUAACUUUGAAAUGUUUUUGAUGUUUUAAGAAACAAAGUAGAGCACACUAUAAAUUCACAGGAAAAUGCUCAAAUAUCAACGGAAAUAUAUUCUAAAGUUAAAAACUAGGAAAACGGGUCCAAAUAUCUGAGCCGUUUUGUAUUUUUCCUCCCCCAGAGGGAAACUUAACAGCCUAACUAACCCGUGUAGGUAUCAGCAUACGAUAGCAGAGUCAAUAAGAGAAGAUUAAGCAGCUCAUUCAUCCAAAACAGUUUUUUCAGCAUUUCCCUGCCCGCAGUGACAUUUCAGCUGUGCGGCUUUAGCUGAACACUCAGAGCAUUAUGGUAAUCACGUUUCCUGAGAAGAUGCCAGUAACUGCUGCUGGAUAAUCAUAACAUCCAUAGAGCACACUUUCUAGAGUCAUUUAAACCAUUGCAGCAUAUAUUUGUGGCAGCAUCAGCAUCCUUCUCAAUCAUACAUGCAGUUAGUGGCUCCUGAGGUAUAACUGGAAUAAGAGAGAAAGCUGAAUUGCCUGUCAAAACAUGAGGAAGCUACAAUAAUAUAAUGUAAAGAUGACGGGGGUUUUUCUGACAAAAACCAUCACGGAAAAGAUAUUUUAGUCCCAUCUCUUAAAAAUACAUUUUGAUAGAUACAAUGUUAUUUUAAGACUGAUGACAGUGUUUUGUUUUUUGCUAUCAUACACAAUGCAUUCAGCUGCAGGCAUUUAACAGUGAGAUUAACUCAUGAGCCCAACCACCAUUGAAACACCAGAAAAUUGUUAUAUCAAUCUUAUGAAAAUCUUUUUUUUUUGGCAUGGCUGUAAGUGUAAGGGAUCUCAUAUAUCUUUUAAAAGAUUACGGACAUUGGAUAGAAAGAAAUAAUUAUCUGCUGGUACUGAGGAGCUCCAACGUCCAUUGAACAAGGAGUCUUUUACUGAAAAGAAUUCCCCAUAUCGACCAUCUUGGAAAAUGUGUCUGAUCUCAUGACACAAAGCAUCAGAAUCAUGCUGUAUUGUGAGCAAAAGGGAGAGGAUGAUAAUGUAAAUGUAUCAAAGGUUAGAGCAGAUUAUUUACCCCCACCCUUGUUAAAGCGGGAACAGCUGUCUGUAUUUUGGGAAACUGUCUGAUCACAAGUCUAAUAAAGAAGUGACACCGAAACACACCAGGAGCCUGAUCUUUGAAGCCCCCAGUACGUCCAUCUGUCAGUCCCCCCCCACAUCCACGCAUUGAUGUGUGAAACCAACAUGUGUUGACCUCAUGUCACACGUAUCUGCUGGUUUUCAACUAGACCGACAUUCAGCGCAUUGCCUCAAUUCACGUCACGCAAUUAAAAACAAUUUCAAGGGAGGGGGUUACAGAAAUGACUUCGAUUUUACACAACUGAAAAAAUGAAGGAUGAUACUGGACAAUAAAGGGUUAACAGAAACAGUCACUGCUGGUCAAGAUUGAACAUAUAAGGACAUAAAGCAACUGUAGAAAGGGGCAUGAUGACCAACGGGUGACCACAGAGGCACCAGCAACACACACACGUUAAAAAAAAAAUCUGAGUAAACAAAUGUAUAAAAUGAGCAAAGGAGGUAAAAAAAGAAUAUAUGCAAAAAUGACCUCAUACUAUAGAAAACAUCUGGUAAGUUUACUCUUGGAAAACAUCUGUAUCUGCAUGCUUUGUUG